UUUCUCUGCACCAUAAUGCCAAACUACACGUUCUUGAUUCUCCCCUUCACUUCCUAAAAUAACAUAUAGCCGGCUAGUUCAAACCCUGCCUGAGAUGGCUGUGGCAGUUAAUUUUGCUCUUCUCUUUCUUUUAUUGGCAGCUCCGGUAGCUUUCGCUGCCGAUCAUCUCGUCGGAGACAGCAGCGGGUGGACUCAGUCUGGAGAUUAUACCACUUGGGCAUCAAGCAAGAAAUUCGCCAUGGGUGACAAUCUUGUGUUCAACUACGGAGGAAGCCACGGCGUGGACGUGGUGAGCAAAGACGAUUACGACAACUGCAACGGCGGAAACGCCAUCCAGUCCUACACCGGCGGCGCAACCACCAUCAAGCUAUCAAAAUCUGGGCCAAUGUACUUUAUCUGCCCAACCUUUGGCCACUGCCAAACAGGGAUGAAGCUGGCAAUCAAUGUUGAUUCCGGAAGCUCCGCCGCCCCUGCCGGCUCCCCGCCGGCCGGCGGCACCUCGCCCGCCACCCCGUCUCCUCCGUCAUCGGGUUCCGAAUCUCCGCCGUCAACUUCAACGCCCUCUGACAGAACAACGCCGACGGCCACGUCGUCGCCGCCUAAUGCCGCGGCGGGUGGUUCUGGUUGCAUGAGCAAAGUGGUGGUUGGGGUUUCAAUUGUUGUAGGGGUAUUGUUUGCUUUCCUGGGCUAGGCUGGAGGCAGUGCUAUAUUUGUAAUUUCCUGAUUUUUGUUUGCUUCAAAUAUUUUGUGUGUUUGUUUGUUUUUGUUAUGUUUUUAUUAUCUUA